CUCCCUCCCUGCCCCUCUGGAGGUGCACCUCAUCUCCAGCUCUGUGUGUUCAGACAGUGUUUCCUCUGUACUCAGCCGGGACUGAGAGACUCCUGCGGGACUGUCUGGAUUGGAUGCGCACUGACCCGCACUGCUGAGACAAAACAGGGGAAAGAAAAGAAAACCCAGCGCGCAGGCUGACUGGGCGGACUUGCGCUUGUUCUUCUCACCCUGGUCUUCUCUUCUGGGCUUGUUCUAGCACUCUGUCCUCUUGUCCUGAAUUUGAUCAUGGUGUUCCUGCCGGGAAUUUACGCGCUCACCAUUGCGCUCCUGGCUUCCUGCGCUCAAAGCGCCCGUGAGCAAAUCCCGACAGAUAAACUGCUUGUGCUCACUGUUGCUACACAAGAAAGUGAUGGCUUUCUUCGCUUCAUGCAGUCUGCAAAUUACUUCAAAUAUUCUGUGAAGGUGUUAGGAAUGGGUGAAGACUGGAAGGGAGGAGAUGUAGGACACACCAUUGGUGGAGGACAGAAAGUCCGACUGCUGAAAGAAGCAAUGGAAGCCCUGGCUGACCAAGAAGACCUAGUGAUCCUCUUUGUGGACAGCUAUGACCUGAUCUUUGCUGGAGGGCCAGAAGAGAUCUUGAGGAAGUUCCAGCAGUUCAAUCAUAAAGUGGUAUUCGCUGCGGAGGGAGUAAUCUGGCCCGAUGCUCACUUGGCAGAGAAGUACCCAUAUGUCCGGAAUGGAAAACGCUUCCUCAACUCUGGAGGUUUUAUGGGCUACGCCCCAUACAUCGGAAAACUAGUAAAGCAGUGGCAGUUGCAUGACAACGACGAUGACCAGCUCUUUUACACCAAGAUCUACGUGGAUCCGCUGCAAAGGGAAAGUCUUAAUAUGACUCUGGACCACAAGUGCCAGAUAUUUCAGAAUCUAAAUGGAGCGGUGGAUGAAGUACUGAUGAAGUUCGGGAGCGAGAGAGUUCGAAUCAGAAACACCAUCCAUGACAGUCUUCCUGUGGCCAUCCACGGCAACAUCAACACCAAAAUUUAUUUGAACUACUUGGCUAAUUAUGUGCCAAAUGCCUGGACCUAUGAGAGAGGCUGCACCAUCUGUGACCAAGACAUGUUAGACUUGUCCCAACUGAAAGAUUAUCCGAGAGUAAGGAUCGGAGUGUUUAUCGAACAGCCGACCCCAUUUCUUCCCGAGUUCUUACAGCGGCUCCUGACUCUGGAUUAUCCCAAAGAUAAACUGGAUGUCUUCUUCCAUAACAGUGAGGUUUACCAUGAGAAGCACUUACAGGCCUUCUGGGAGGAGAACAAAAAUAUCUUCCAUAGUUUUAAGGUUGUUGGACCUGAAGAGAUCUUGACCCAAGGAGAAGCGAGGAACCUGGGCAUGGAUUUGUGUCGAAAAGACCCGGAGUGUGACUACUAUUUCAGCAUCGACCCCGAUGUCAUUCUGACAAACCGGCAGACCCUGAAGCUACUCAUGGAGCAAAACAGAAAAAUUAUUAGCCCUCUUGUUACCCGUCACGGCAAACUGUGGUCCAACUUCUGGGGAGCUCUGAGCUUGGAUGGCUAUUACGCCCGCUCUGAGGACUACAUCGACAUCGUGCAGGGGAGGCGAGUUGGCGUGUGGAACAUUCCGUAUAUGGCCCAUGUUUACCUCAUCAAAGGCGAAGCUUUGAGGAAUGAGUUGAAGGAGAGGAACGUUUUCGUCCUGGAGAAGCUCGAUCCAGACAUGGCUUUGUGUAGAAACGCCAGGGAGUUGACAAUACACAGAGAAAAAGACUCUCCUUCUCCGGAAUCAUUCCAUAUGCUCAGAUCCCCAAAGGGAGUUUUCAUGUACAUUACAAACCGCCAUGAGUUCGGAAGGCUAUUAUCCACGGCCAACUACAACACGUCCCACUUGAACAAUGAUUUAUGGCAAAUUUUUGAGAACCCGGUGGACUGGAGGGAGAAGUAUAUCCAUCCUAACUACUCCCAGAUCUUCACAGAGAACCGUCUGGAACAGCCAUGUCCAGAUGUGUUCUGGUUCCCUGUGCUCUCUGAGCAAGCCUGUGAUGAGAUGGUAAAAGAGAUGGAGAACUUUGGCACAUGGUCUGGUGGAAAACACGAGGACAAGCGCAUUUCCGGAGGAUAUGAAAGCGUACCUACUGAUGACAUCCACAUGACACAGAUCGGUUACGAAAAGGAGUGGCUACACUUUAUCCGGGAGUUUAUCUCGCCUGUCACGCUUAAGGUCUUCAAUGGAUAUUACACCAAGGGCUAUGCUAUUAUGAACUUUGUGGUGAAAUACACUCCCGGCAGACAGGCCUAUCUGAGGCCUCACCAUGACUCAUCCACCUUUACCAUCAACAUCGCGCUCAACCAUAAAGGCUUAGAUUUCGAGGGUGGAGGCUGCAGGUUUCACAGGUAUAACUGCUCAAUAGAGUCUCCAAGAAAAGGCUGGAGUUUCAUGCACCCAGGCAGACUAACGCAUCUUCAUGAAGGACUUCCAACCACCAAAGGCACGCGCUAUAUCGCAGUGUCCUUCAUCGACCCUUAACUUCCUUCUCUGAGGGAUGGUUUUUUUUGUUUCUGCCUGUGUGAUUUGUUGAAGUUGUUGGUUUGUGUCUUUUACUGCUGUGCAAAAGUUUAGACAGUCACAAUAAAAUGCACACAAAUCACACACACAUGGUUACAGUAAGUAGAAUAUAUAAAUAUUUUUUUUUUUAGGAAAUAAUGGGAAAUCAUUUUUUUUCCCUCUUUAUUAACAAAUGAUCAAUUCAUUUUUUUUUUUUCAUUUUACUUUCUUAUCAAAUUGUUCAGGAGAGAAAACAACUGCUGAUAUGAGGUGUAAUGAGGUGCUGUUAUUAUUAUUAUUUUUUUUUGUUGCUGUUGUUCAUGUCCAACUCAGAGAAAUAUGGUUUCUAUUUUUUUAUCUUUGCAACUCAACAAGCAGAGUAAUGAUAACUGAAUUUGCUAAGAAUUCUGGUUGAACUGAAGUUUGAUUUUUUAUUUUGAUUUUGUUUUUUUUUUAUUCUAUUUUAUUAAACUUGAAGUGCUACGUUUCCUGGAUGCAGCAUGAGCUUAGUGUAAAUUAAAUUAUGUUCUUGGAUGUUACACACUAUUAAAAAUGGUUGGUCUCAGACUAGGACUAGGCUUAGCCUGCAACUGAAACUGGCCUACAAUGUGGUACUGUAAAACCCAGAGUCAAAAGAGAUUUGUCACGUCCUCAGUUCCUGAAAUCAAAUGUUUAUGUAGAUGCCAGAUAUUUUACUUUCACUGAAAGUUGUUGCUUUGUUUUGGACUGAACUAUGAGCCUACGCCGUGUCCAUCUGUUUUAAUUUAUUUUGAAAAUGAAAAAAAAAAAAGAAUAAAUGAAGAUAUUCUCUA